AUGCAGUCCCUGACUGAGGAGAUCCAGAGUUUCUCCAGGACGCGGCUGAGGAAGCAGUGCACCCGCGUGACGUCACUGAGCGGCCGUCGCAUCAUCGAGACUUGGAAAGGUUCUACGAUCACUGUGGUUGAAGAACCGGUCCCCCCGGAGAAGAUGCUGGGGUAUGUCCCGGACACUUCCUGGGACCUGCAGGUCGGCAUCGUCAAGCCCUUCCUGCUGCUGGGUUCUCAAGAUGCUGCACAUGACUUUGGCACUCUGAGAAAACACAAGGUGUCUCACAUCCUGAAUGUGGCGUUUGGGGUGGAAAACGUGUUUCCUGACCUGUUCAUCUAUAAGACCGUCAGUAUUCUGGAUCAUCCCGACACCGACGUGCUGCUUUACAUGCAGGACUGUUGUGACUUCAUCCAGCAGGCUCGCAGCGAGAAAGGCAUCGUAUUGGUCCACUGUAACGCCGGCGUGUCACGGGCGCCGGCGGUGGUCAUUGGUUACCUGAUGUCAUGUGAGGGCCAGACCUUUGACGCCGCCCUCUCAUUGGUCAAAUCGGCUCGGCCGGCCUCCUCCCCAAACCCCGGCUUCCUGGAACAACUGAGGAGCUACAAAACGCCGACGAUGAACGGAUCCAAACACUGA